AUGGCGGGGCGCAAUGCCAUCGUUAUCGCGGCCGUCGUCGCGGCCGCGCUGCUCGCCGGCGCCGAGGCGCAGGGCAGCACCGGCGGCGGGAGCUGCACGACGACGAUCGUGAGCCUGGCGCCGUGCCUGGACUACAUGCAGGGGAACGCGUCGAGGCCGACGCCGUCGUGCUGCACGGCGCUGUCGAGCGUCGUCAAGUCGAGGCCCGACUGCCUCUGCGUCGUGCUCGGCGGCGGCGCCUCCUCGCUCGGCGUCACCGUCAACAACACCCGCGCGCUCGAGCUUCCCGCCGCCUGCGGCGUCGCCACCCCGCCCCCCAGCGAGUGCAGCAAAGUCGCUGCCCCGAUUCCGUCUCCGGCGCCGGGCGCGGCGCCUCACGCGCCUCCUGCAGGGACGGGGUCGAAGGCGACGCCGACGACCCCGAGCUCCUCCGGCGAGAGCGUCGGCAAGGCUGCCUCCGCUGCGAUCGUCAUCGUCUCUGCCGUGUUCGCAAUCAUCCAUGCUUGAUCGAGCAGCAGCUUGAUGGAGGAGUUUCAUAUUGUCAUUGAUUGAUCUUGUGUGGCACGUGUCAUUAAUUUGUCUCAUAUUGUAAUUUCAUU